GGGAUUAGGGAGUAGGGACCAUGGGGAGUCAGGGAGACAAUAAUGAAAACAAUGGCAACUCACGAUAAUAAAAGGACAGAAACAAGGGCAAAACCAUAACCCACAUGGCACCCCCAUCAUAAUAAUACUAAUUUAACAUUAUUAUUACACAUUAUUUUGUGUGCAUUGCCGUCAGGUCAGUUUUCACAGACCUUACAAAGGUCAUCCACCACUCUCCCCUUCCCUCCCUUUCUUCUUUCUUCUCCUUCUUCUCUCUCCCUCUCCAUCCUUCUUUCACACUCCAACGCUGUCACCAUUAACAAUGGAACUCCCCAAACCAACCCCAACCAAAGAUGUUCUAGAACCUUCCAACCCAACAAGCAGCAGCAACAAUAACGCUGAAGAAUCCUUCACUUCCGUCUUCGACGACGCCUACGACAGCAACUGCUCAACCCCAUACGUCAGCGCACCCUCCAGCCCGUUACACUUCGCGAUAACCGCCGCUUCCUCCUCCUACCAAGCAAACCACUCCUCCUCCUCGUCUUCGGUUCCAAUGGGCUACGAGUUCGAGUUCUCCGCCCAUUUCGGGUCCUCCGGUCCAACCGGGCCCGGUUCGAUGAGCUCGGCAGACGAGCUCUUCCUGAACGGCCAGAUCCGGCCUAUGAAACUCUCCUGCCACCUGGAACGCCCUCAGGUCCUCGCUCCCUUGCUGGAUCUGGACGAAGAAGAAGAGAACGAAGAAAAUAGCGAUGAAGUUGCAGAAGCUAAACUUGUUGUUGUUCGAGGAAGGGAUCUGAGGCUUCGCGAUAAGUCCCUUCGGAGAAGGACCAGAUCCAUGUCACCUCUUAGAAGCAACGCGCACAUGGAGUGGGCCGAGAUCGAGGAGGAUAACGGCCCAUCAGAGCCCGAGAAGAGCCCAAGGAGAAACCAGAACAACAAUGAAAAUAUUAACCAAGAUAGUAACGGUUCGUUAGAAACAGAGAGCAACAACAUGGAGGGUUCCGGUUCGGGUUCUGGUUUGGAGGCGACACCUUCGGUUUCAGGGUCGGGUUUAGGUUCGGGAUCGUCUUCAAGAUCGUCGUCUGCGGGAAGGAGCUCGAAGCGGUGGGUUUUCCUGAAGGACUUUCUGAGGAGCAAGAGUGAGGGAAGGAGUAACAAUAAGUUCUGGUCUACCAUAACAUUCUCUCCUACAAAGGAAAAGAAACCGAACCUCUCCAACAACGGUAAUAAUAGUAGUAGUAGCGAGACGCAGAGGUCUUGGGCCAAGAGAGUGACUGGGAAGCCCACGAACGGCGUCGUUGGGAAGAGGCGGGUGCCGCCUUCGCCGCACGAGUUGCACUAUAAAGCCAACAGAGCCCAGGCUGAAGAGUUGAGGAAAAAGACCUUUUUGCCCUACCGCCAGGGCCUUCUUGGGUGCUUGGGUUUUAGUUCUAAGGGGUAUGGAGCCAUGAAUGGCUUCGCUAGAGCCUUAAACCCUGUUUCCUCCCGGUAAAAUUUAGAAACCUAAACAAACCUCCAUGUUUGUUGGCUUGGGUUUUUUCCCCAUAAAUUGUACAGAUUAUUAUUACUACUAUUAUUAUUAUUACUAUCUUUAUUAUUAUUAUUAUUAUUAUUAUUAUUAUUAUUAUGAAGAUCAUUUUGGAAUAGAAUAGCUCAGAUUUGUUGGGCUAUGCUGUCUGUAUCAUAGGGUAGGAACCUAUCCAGGGAGUUGGUGAAAAAGAAGAAACUGAAGCAUGGAGGUUUCUUGAUUCGCCAUCUUUACUUGUAGAUGAGGGUGACGCUGAUUAAAUUAUGUAUAAUAUACUGUGUAUUGUAUUUACUAUAUACACAGUUUCUAUGCAGUGACUCAAGUUUAUAUAUUAUUCACACA